UAAAUUUAUGUCUCCUCUCUCUCUUCUAUUUCUCCUUGAUUUUCAAUGGUCCUUAACAAGGACAUGCUAAUUCCAUCUCAGAAAUAUGUCUGGUGACAGUGUUCAAAUCAAGCCCAUAUUUAGCCCACAGCACUGACUCAUCACAGCAUUUCAGUCAGUAACUCACUGUGGACUGAUUUCCUCCCAAAGAAGGUUUUCACCUACUAGGGGGAACUCCUUGACUUUUGGGGUUCCAGUAAAGUUCAUGCUGUAUGUUGCAGAAGAGAAGGCUAUGGGGAUGGGAAGAGGGUACCUCUACCUUUCUCCUUACUCAUAGUAUACUUUUUGAGAUUUAUAUACUAGCCCUUCACUCCAUGGCCCAAGAAUGAGCAAGACUUGACAUGCUGGUCACAGAGAGAGGCUAGUGUGAAUGGAAGAAGGUAUGCCCUGAAUACAGACCAUCCCUGAACCAUGAGCAACAGUAGUAUGGGAGAGACUGGGGAGGAGGGCAGGGAAAACAAACAACAUUACACCUAAAAAAAGAGCAAGAGGCUGAGGGGUUGUGAGACAUCUCUGGAGGACAGGGAGACGGGGUGAACCCUUGAUAAAAGAAGAGGGAAGACAAAGGCAGGGCAGGUUUCUUGGAUGGGGAGAUAAGGGACAGAAGCUGCCACCCCCACCCACUGCAUUCGUAUCAGGGAGCCACACUACUCAGCUUCCGUCUCUGCUGGAGCUGCAGCCAGCACACACAAGGUCCUGCCUCUCUUGAACCUCAGAGUGCAGAGCAGAGCUCUUGAUCUUGUCAAGGUUUGACUCAAAGCCAGAAGUAGGAGUGUGAGAGUGCCACAGCCCAGAGCUGUGUUGCACUCCAUGAUGCCUCAGGUCAGGCCAGUGUUAACCUGAGCAUCUCUGAUACCCUCCACUGCUCAGCAGAGAGUGAUCCAAGGGUUGGGGACUAAUUUGGCCCACAGCCUGCUCCAUACAAGUAGGCAAAAAUUACUUUUCAUGUAAGCUGUGCCUGGCCAGCUCCUGAUAUAAAUUAAAGGAGAUCCAGAGGUGUUUGAAUUUGCACCCUGAAGGAGCUGAACUGUUCCUGUGCUGAAAUUAGCUUGAGGUCAACAAUCUAAAGCACCUUUUCCAUGUUAGCCUCUCUUUCUCCUUCCUUUUUGCACUCUUACACAGGAGGAGCAAAGUACAUGGUUAUACUGUCCGUGUUUGUCAAGGAAAUCCUUUAUCCUGCGUGAUUUGGGGGAAGGGUGAAGCUACCUUCACACUCUGUGAAGAUAAAAGAUAGUAAUUUAUAAGGAAAUAAAAAAAAAGAGAAGGAAGGAAGGAAUAAAAGGAAACGAAUAGGAAAUCAAUCUCUCUUUUUCCACCCUGUUUCCCCAGUAAAACCUCUACUCAGGAGACACAAAGAUCUAGGUGCAAGAAUUAUGAAGUGUCUGCAAGGCACUACAGUCUGCAUUGCCCUGGCAAAGAAGACCCAGAAGGUUGCUUGGGUGAAGGGGAGGCUUUGGGCCGCAUUCAGGUGGAGGUAGGGAAAACAUCAGCCUUUCCUUUCACAGUACAUUUGAGCUGCUGGCAACCAUGGUUGUGCUUAGACAGUAGUGGGAAAAGCAGAGCUUCUGGAGACAGAAUGCUUUCAGGUUGUGUCUGUGCCAAGGAGCACAUUUGAACUAAUAUCCCAGAGGGCAUGGGUUGCUGUUUUUCCAAACCAGCUCCAGGCUUUGCCUGGCAGGAGUGAGUGGCAGAGGCAUGGCCAGAUUCAGUAAGGAGGGACUGGCCCAAUCAUAGUCAGUGGUUGAUAUGUGCCUGGGGCAAAGGUAAAACUCCACUCAGGGCUGAUUUAAAAUCUCUGCUUGCUAUUGCCCAGGCGAAGUCAGAGAUGGCAGGAGCAUGGGGAAAGGAGACAGAGGGUCUCUGCCUGGCAUGGUUUGUGCUGGUAGGACAGCAAUGGAGGAAAGUUUGCUGAGUCGGUGACUAUUUCAAGCACGAAGAAAAAUGAAUCCUGCCCUCUGCCAGCACUUCACAAAUCCAGGAUACAGUUCCCAGAAGUGCCUCUACGUAUGUUAGCAAGAAGACAACUGUCCAUACAUUUUGCAGCAAGAACAGCAUGGCAACUGAUACAGGAGCUGUGAGCCUGGGAAAGCAGAUCUCCUGAAGGGAAAGCUGUGCCGUACAGCACUGAUGGGUUUAACCUGCUGAGUGCCAGAGAGCAGGUUGUUCUUCCUGAUUCCAGGCAAGCUCAAAUGCAAGUCCCAGGACUGGAGACAGGCCAACUACCAGCUGCAGGGCUGGGGUCAUAUCAUAUGCUGUGGCCCCCUUGAUUACAGUAUCUGCUUUUGCAGUGACAGUGGGCUGAGGAAAACUACAGUUCCCAGUGCCCUUUUGUGCAUGCCUGUGCAGACUACAGUUCCCAGAAUCUUAUAAUGAGCCAGAGAUGAUGUUCAUGGAAAUAAAUGCUGAGAAUUUUUGCAUAACACCCUGCACCUCUGAAGUGCUGGCCAGCCCUUCACUCAGUUAGUCAAAACUGGAACAGCGGAGAAGCCAGAGAGCAUCUGCACUGCGGAGCUACAGUUUUGCACAUUCCUAAUAGCAGCAGUGAUAUCCUACAGCACAGAGCAUCCUUCCUCUCCCCCCACCCUGGCCUCCUUGGUGGUCACAGGGACCCUAGCACCCCUAGGAACUAUGGCUACUGCAGAAAGAGAGGCAGAUGAACUACAGGUCCCAGCAUCCCCUGGUGGGCAGCACCUGCAGCAGUCCCUGCACGCUGAGGGGAUGAGGAUGAGGAUGGAGGGCAGGGAGGAGAUGCAGGGUGCUGCAGGGCUGCGCUGCUCCUGGGACAUCCCGCCACCUGCCAGCACCCAAGCCAAGUGGGUGAAGCUCAAUGUGGGGGGCACCAUCUUCCUCACCACCAGGCAGACCCUGUGUCGGGAGCAGAAAUCUUUCCUGUGUCGCUUGUGCCAGGGCGAGGAGCUGCAGUCGGACCUGGAUGAGACCGGUGCAUACUUAAUAGACCGGGACCCCGCCUACUUUGGACCCAUCCUGAAUUUUCUCCGUCAUGGGAAGCUGGUCCUGGAUAAAGAUAUGGCUGAAGAAGGGGUCCUAGAAGAAGCUGAGUUCUAUAACAUCGGCCCUCUAAUCCGAAUAAUCAAGGAUAGACUGGAGGAGAAGGAUUACACAGUAACUCAGGUGCCUCCUAAGCAUGUCUACCGCGUGCUGCAGUGCCAGGAAGAGGAGCUCACUCAGAUGGUUUCCACUAUGUCAGAUGGAUGGCAGUUUGAGCAGCUUGUGAACAUUGGUUCAUCCUAUAACUAUGGGAAUGAGGAUCAGACAGAGUUCCUGUGUGUGGUCUCCAAAGAGCUGUACAGCUCUCCCAAUGGCCUGAGCUCUGAGCCCAGCCAUAAAGCCAAGAGCACAGAGGAGGACCCAGAGGAGGAAGAGCAGGAGGUGGAGGAGGAGACAGAGGCAGAAGCACAAGCAGAGGAGAAAGGUGCAGCAAAUCCAUGAGGAAAAUGAUAAAAAUAACCCCCCAAGCAUAGACCCGUCCACCCUUCUGCAAAUUUUCCAGCAUGGGAUUGUGGCUGAAUCACGUGGUUCGUGGAAAGUUCAUCUCCCCUUAUUCCUCUACUCAGAAGCCAUCAGCUUGGGACCUUUGCUGUUC